CAGGUCCAACAGAGCGUCAACUCGGGAGGCUGUUGCGGGGAUAAGAAGGGAGGAGAUGACAAGGAUGACAAGGAUGACAUGGAUGAGGCGACGACGACAGACGCAACUACAGUGCCACCACCCAGCGAGGUUUAGGUGUGGCCAGCAUCACCAGAGGCCGCUAUGAACAAGACGACCAGCGCAGCGAUGAACACGACCGCAGAGAGAGUGCGAACGUGAACGGGAACAAGGGCUUGACUUCGAUCCAUUGAGCUUUGUCAUUUCGGCAGAUUCCUGGCACCCGGAUGUUCGUUCGUGGUGCCAGGGAAACGACUAAGAAAAUGUUUUUUUUAUUGGUAUUUGUAUAAUGAUCAUUUCGCUCCCAAAACCAACCCCCCCCCCAAAAAAAAAAAAAAAAAAAAAAAACGCUACUUUUUUGGUUUAGUAAGUUUCGAAUGUAAUUUUAAAUCAUUGUAUAAGCUCCUCCCGAGCGACUUUAUCACUAAUUGGCAAUAAAUUGGAACAACUUAUGUA